AUGGAGCACCAAGCAGCUCACGAUGAGCUAGUAUCCCAGUUCUGUGCUAUGUCUGGCACUGAUGCCGCAGUAGCUCAAGAAUACCUGGCGGCCAGCGAAUGGGACCUCGAAGCCGCAGUGACCGAGUUCUUUGCCGAGCAGGACGAAGCUAUGCAGGGCGCAAACACAGGCUCAGGGCAGCGCCUAGGAGCGGAAACGGGACCAGUCGCCGGUCGCACACUCGGUGGGAGUUCAUCCCAGUCUCCAUCCACUACCCCGCAGCCGUCCUCAUCGCGCAGGACCGGACCGAAGAAGAGAUUCGCGACGUUGGGCGAUUUUGCCUCCGGGGCUGGUGAAUCCUCGGAGGAGGAGGACUCCGUGAAUCAGGAUUUCUUUGCGGGAGGGGAAAAGUCUGGUCUCGCCGUGCAGAACCCGGACGACAUCAAGAAGAAGAUUAUCGAGAAGGCCAAGAGAACUCAGCCGCCCUCCUCGGAUGAACCAAGCAGACAGUCGCACUUCACGGGCACAGCACGUACCCUCGGUGGCGAUGAUGCUCCGAGCAGGGUAAUCGAAGCCCCGAGCGCGCCCGCUACGCAAGUGCCGCAACGAGUCCAGAGAACGCUUCAUUUCUGGGCCGACGGAUUCUCCGUCGACGAUGGCGAGCUGUACCGCUCCGAUGACCCCCGGAACGCAGAGAUCUUGGAGGGGAUCCGACAGGGUCGUGCUCCCCUCUCGAUCAUGAACGUACAGUCUGGCCAAGAGGUGGACGUGGAAAUCAACCAGCACGAGGAGAAAUACGUCAAGCCGAAGCCCAAGUACAAACCCUUUUCUGGCCAGGGGCAGCGACUGGGAAGCCCUACGCCUGGCGUGUCGACCUCUGCCGCGGCCCCAGCUCCAGCUCCAGCUCCAGCAAGUCAGGCCUCGGAGCCACCUAAGCCUACUGUCGAUGAAUCUCAGCCCACCAUCACCCUGCAAAUCCGCCUUGGCGAUGGCACACGACUGACGUCUCGCUUCAACACUACCCACACAAUUGGGGAUGUCUACGAAUUUGUGUCUGCGUCCAGCCCCGCUAGCCAGUCCCGCCCGUGGGUCUUGAUGACUACGUUCCCCAGCAAGGAUCUUACGGACAAGGGUGCUGUCCUGGGGGAAAUGGCCGACUUCAAGAGGGGCGGCGUGGUGGUGCAGAAAAAACCAGAAGAUGCCUCUGGACGGAGUCAAGAACGUGGUGCUGGAUAUGCGACUAACAUUUCUGAUCGGGAACAGGUCCUCUCCGGCAAAGGCGGCGUCGGCAAAUCCUCCGUGACGCUGCAGCUGGCCCUGGCGCUCUCCCUGCAGGGCAAAUCCGUGGGGAUCCUCGACAUCGACCUCACGGGGCCCUCGAUCCCGCGAUUAGUCGGCCUGGAAGAUGCAAAGAUCACGCAAGCGCCCGGCGGCUGGCUGCCUGUUCCCGUGCAUACCGCUGUCGAUGCACCAGCACCAGCCUCAGCAUCGCCAUCGCCAUCGCCAUCGCCAUCGCCACCUUCUCCUACCUCUACCACCACCACAACACCCGCCCAAGACCACCACCAAGAACCCACCACAUCCCCCCCCUCCACCCCCCGCGGCCCACUACACUGCAUGUCCCUCGGCUUCCUGCUACGCUCGCGCUCCGACGCCGUCAUCUGGCGCGGCCCUAAGAAAACCGCCAUGAUCCGACAAUUCCUCUCGGACGUCCUCUGGGGGGAGACCGAUUAUUUGCUGGUCGACACCCCGCCCGGCACGAGCGACGAGCACAUCGCCCUCGCCGAGCAGCUCCUCACGCUGUGCAGCACCGGCCCUUCCCCUUCCCCUGCCAACGCCCCUCAAUCCCCAGCGACGCAGGCAACGCCCCCCCGCCUCGCCGGCGCCAUCCUCGUCACCACCCCGCAGGCCAUCGCCACCUCCGACGUGCGCAAGGAAGUCAACUUCUGCGUCAAGACGCAGAUCCCCACGCUGGGCGUCAUCGAGAAUAUGUCCGGGUAUACGUGUCCGUGCUGUGGGGAGGUGACGAAUCUGUUUUCGAGCGGGGGCGGGGAGGUCAUGGCGAGGGAGAUGGGGGUCAGGUUUCUGGGGAGCGUGCCGGUGGAUGUUGGGUUUGGGGCGUUGGUGGAGGGGAGGGGGAUUGGGGCGGAUGGGGAGGGGAGUGAUCUGGAGGAGGACGAGGAGGAACAGGAAAAGGAAAAGGAAAAGGAGAAGGUGGAUGAUGAUCGGCCUUUGGUUGAGAAGUAUCGGGAGGGGUGGUCUUAUGCUCGGUUUGAGGGGUUUGCGAGGACGUUGAUUGCGGAGAUUGAGGGGUAG